AGUGUGUGUGAGCUGAUGUGAAUUGAUCAGCAUGGAUCAGUGUGAGGACAGAGAGGAGGGAGUCCCUCCCUCUAAAAGCACUCUGUGUGGGGAACAUGAGAGCCAGACCAAAGCUCAGAGGAACCAGCCUGGACCUCCACCCAGCUCUGUGUCCUUACAGAGGGACACGUCUAUAGAUUUCCUCAUUGAUUUUAAAGACUCUGCUGCAGAGAGAGGUCAGAGGUCACAGUCUGCAGGAUCCAGCUGUCCGUCUAUAAGGAGUGAUGGGUCCAAAGGUCACCCUCCAGAGUUCAGUGCUGAACCUGGACCAACGAGAGAGAGGAAGAGGAAGAGGAGUGGUGUUUGUGAGGAGGAGCAGCUCUCCUGCUGUGCUUCGUGUCAGGACGUCCUGAAGGAUCCAGUCUCUACCAGCUGUGGACACUGGUUCUGCAGACAGUGCAUCUCCUCAUACUGGGACCAGUCUGCUUCAUCAGGAGACUCCUCCUGUCCCCAGUGUGGAGAAAGAUCCAGAAGCAGAGCUGGACUGCAGACAGCCAGUCAGAGCAGCUGUGUACAAACAGAUGUUGGUCUGCAGGAGGUUUUAGAUGAACAUAAGAUCAGUCUGAGGAGGAGAUGUGAACGUGUGACUGAAGGAAGUGAUGAAACAGGAAGUAGAACCCUCCUCAACACCAUCUACACUGAGCUCUACAUCACAGAGGGACAGAGUGAAGAGGUUGAUACCCAACAUGAGGUGAGGCAGCUGGAGACAGCUUCCAAGAUGGACGCCCUCCAUGACGCUCCAAUCAGGUGCCAGGACAUCUUUAAAGCCUUACCUGACCAACAGAGACCCAUCAGAGUGGUUCUGACCAACGGCGUGGCUGGUGUUGGAAAAACCUUCUCAGUGCAGAAGUUCACUCUGGACUGGGCAGAGGGCUUGGAGAACCAACAUGUCAGUGUGGUGGUUCUGCUUUCAUUCAGGGAGCUGAACCUGAUCAGAGAUGAGCAGUACAGUCUUCUGGAGCUGCUCCAUGUUUUCCAUCCAACAUUACAGAAGGUCACAGCAGAGAAGCUGGCUGUCUCUCAGCUUUUGUUCAUCUUUGACGGCCUGGAUGAAAGCAGACUUUCAUUGGAUUUCACCAACAGGAAGCUGCUGUCUGAUGUCACACAGAAGUCAUCAGUCAGCCAGCUGCUGACAAACCUCAUCCAGGGGAAUCUGCUUCCCUCGGCUCUCGUCUGGAUAACUUCCCGACCUGCAGCAGCCAAUCAGAUCCCUCCUACAUGUGUCGACAGGCUAACAGAAGUACGAGGCUUCACUGACGCCCAGAAGGAGGAGUACUUCAGGAGGAGAUUCAGUGAUGAAGAGCUGUCCAGCAGAAUCAUCUCCCACAUGAAGACAUCCAGGAGCCUCCACAUCAUGUGUAGUAUCCCAGUCUUCUGCUGGAUCACUGCUACAGUUCUGGAGCACAUGUUGACUACAGAGCAGAGAGGAGAGCUGCCCAAGACCCUGACUGACAUGUACUCACACUUCCUGCUGGUUCAGACAAAGAGGAAGAAGAACAAGUACCACGAGGGACAUGAGACGAGUCCACAGGAGCUGACGGAGGCUGACAGGGAAGUUCUUCUGAAGCUGGGGAGGCUGGCGUUUGAACAUCUGGAGAAAGGAAACAUCAUGUUCUACCAAGAAGACCUGGAGCAGUGUGGUCUGGAUGUGACAGAGGCCUCGGUGUACUCAGGAGUUUGUACAGAGAUCUUCAAAAGAGAGUGUGUGAUCUUCCAGAAACCAGUCUACUGCUUUGUUCAUCUGAGCAUUCAGGAGUUUCUGGCUGCAGUCUACAUGUUCCACUGUCACACCAACAGGAAGACAAAGGUGGUGGAAGGUUUUGUAGGGAAUUUCCGAGAAGAAUACAAAAACAGAUCUUUUUUUAAGAACAUGUUCAAGUCUUAUAGCUUCACAUCACUGGAAGUCUUUUUAACUACAGUCAUGGAGAAAUCCCUCCAGAGUAAAAAUGGCCACCUGGACCUGUUUGUUCGCUUCCUUCAUGGCCUCUGUCUGGAGUCCAACCAGAGACUCUUAGUAGGUCUGCUGAGUCAGACAGAGAUCAGUCCAGGAACCAUUCAGACAGUCAUCAACAACCUGAAGAAGAUGAAAAAUGAUAAAAUCUCUCCUGACAGAAGCAUCAACAUCUUCCACUGUCUGAUGGAGAUGAACGACCUCUCAGUACAUCAGGAGAUCCAAGAGUUCCUGAAGUCAGAGAACAGAUCAGAGAAGGAACUCUCUGAGAUCCAGUGCUCAGCUCUGGCCUUCAUGCUGCAGAUGUCAGAGGAGGUUCUGGAUGAGUUGGACCUGCAGGAGUACAACACAUCAGAGCAGGGACGACAGAGACUGAUUCCAGCUGUGAGGAACUGCAGAAAGGCUGGACUGACUUACUGUGGACUCUCAGAGACUCACUGUGAAGUUGUGGCCUCAGCUCUGAAGUCCAACCCCUCCCAUCUGACAGAGCUGGACAUGAGUUGGAACAAGCUGCUGGAUUCAGCAGUGAAGCUUCUGUGUGCUGGACUGGAGAGUCCAAACUGUCGACUGGAGACUCUGAGAUUGGUGGACUGUGGUUUGUCAAAGAUCAGCUGUGAUUAUCUGGCAGCAGCACUGAAGUCCAACCCCUCCCAUCUGAGACAGCUGGAGCUGAGUAACAACUACAACCUGCAGGAUUCAGGAGUGAAGCAUCUGUGUGGUUUCCUGGAGAGUCCAGGAUGUGGACUUGAAACUCUGGGAUUGAAGGGCUGUGGUUUGUCAAAGAUCAGCUGUGAUUAUCUGGCAGCAGCACUGAAGUCCAGCCCCUCCCAUCUGAGACAGCUGGAGCUGAGUAACAACAAGCUGCAGGAUUCAGGAGUGAAGCAUCUGUGUGGUUUUCUGGAGAGUCCAGGAUGUGGACUUGAAACUCUGAGAUUGAGUUUCUGUGGUUUGUCAGAGAUCAGCUGUGAUUAUCUGGCAGCAGCACUGAAGUCCAACCCCUCCCAUCUGAGACAGCUGGACCUGAGCCUGAACAACCUGAAGAAUCCAGAUGUGAAGCAGCUGUCUGAUCUUCAGCAGAGUCCAGACUACAGACUGGAGUACACGAGAACGCAAGAGCUGAUGAUGGUAAACAGGACGGUGUGUGUGCUGAGAGAGGAGGAGCUGUGUCCUGAUGAUCCAGAGAGGUUGAAGCAGCAGCAGCUUGUGUUGGGCUUUUCUGUCACGGCCUGCGUGGCAGACUAUGAUGAGGGGAAGGAGGACCCAAAUGCUGGACUCUUUGAUGAGUGUCUGAGCACCCCGUGCUCGCUGCCCUCUCGUCUCCACACUCCUCCUGGGGAAUAA